UAUCUGUUCGGUCGCCGGUCUCCGCAGAAACAUUUUAAUUUUGUUCUCAAUGUGCGUCAAGCUAACAAUGUUGUUGCAAAAAAGAGCCAAUACAGCUCUGAGUUUUCCAUGUAUCCUCUUUAGUGUGUUUGGGACUUUUCCUCGCCGUCAUCGCCGCCGCCGUUAAUGAGCAGUUUUUCGCUUCUGUUUUCCGCUUAGACUCAUGCACAAAGCGGAUUUUCAUCGAGAACCGACAAAAAAAUCUUCACAAUUGUUGUAAGAAUUUAAUACAAAGUGACACUCUUUUGAUCAUCGAGUGAAACAUUUUGCUUUUAGUGCUCGUAGUGAAAUGAUACUAAUGAUGUUUGUGGAUCAUGCGUAAAUUUUCGAAUCUGUUUCCUACAAACUAUGUAAAUCAUCAUUUGACGUUUAAACUACCAUUCAAAUAUUGCAAACUCACUUUGAAAUUUGCAAGGACACACAUUUUGGUAUGAACGCUUGGACUUUGCAUCUUCCAUUCAAUUCCCAACAAUGGCAAAACUGUGAACAUUGCCCUCCUCCAAGGUCCUUGAAAAUGUGAGAGGAAAAUAUUAGAGAGUGCUAGGAAAUUUCAACAACAGUUAUUUCUCGGUCAUCCAAAAAAAAAACAAGAGCAAAAAUAUGGAUUGAAAUUACCCUCAACAUGCACUAUUACAUGUUUGUUACCUUUCUACACAUAGCCAACACACCGUAAAAUGUGAUUAGAAACAGAAGCACUAUCACGUUGAAUUUAUUUCUAAGUUGUUGGUUUUGGACCAAUUUUGGAGAACACAAUAAAAGCUCAAUAAUGUAUGGACAUUUUGCUUACGUUUGAAGUGUACUGUUUCUGCGGACUAAAUUGACACUUUUUGGCAAAGUGAAAAAUUGUGAAUAAAAAUAGUUUAUUACUUAUCAUCCCCAAAAUUGUAAACAAUUGCAACAAUGCUAUUGUGUAUAAAUGUCUAAAAUACCAAUAUAUGAUACAUCGUCGUGCGUUUUUGGAAGAUACAGAUAACUAAUUGACCUAUUUCGGAUACCUGCAAAAAGCAGCUCAUAGAAAAAUUUUGUUGUUUCCAUCACUAUAAAAGAAAACUGCAUUGUGAAACCAAGAAUGAGUCACAUUCUCACAUAAACAGGAGUUCAUUACUUCAGUACACUGUGUUGCGAAGGGAAACGUGAUAUUAUCGAUUCUGUGUGUAUGUGUGUUGUUAUUUCGGAAAACAAAUCAGCUGAUAAUAAAAACUUGUGGAAGAAACGCUUCACGAAAGAAGGAUAAUCGAUCCAGUAUUCAACUAGAUGAAUCGUGAUCGAAUUAUGAAUCAUUAACAACUUUGGCCUAGUUCCCCGAUGCCUUGUUGCUAAUCCUGAGUAUACCAUACAUUGACAGCAUGGCAAUCAACUUCUCAGCUUCAUUCGCAGCCUGCUUAGCUGCAGGUCUUAAAGUUCCGCGACAAAUUAUGUACUGCAUUUCACAAGAUACUCCAUACGUUCUCUACAAGGACUCACAAGAAGCUACCGAACGAACGGCUGCCAUCGGAGGUCAGUGGGGUAGCGAAAUUUAUCCAGCAUUACCAAACGCUCAAACGCAGCACGUCUCUAAUGGUUCACAUCAUAUCACAAAUUCCGCUGGAGUUCCACAUCAACAGCCACAAACACAACAAUCUUCACAACAGACACCUAACAGUCCACCGAACCACCAGGAAAGCAGAUCGCAGCCACAGCCGGGUGAACAAGCCAAUGGUCAAUUACAAAGCCCAUCUAAAAGUCCUUACCCACCAAACAACGGAGCAGAAUUGGACGAGCGAAUCAUGAAGGCUCAAAAUAUAUCGCAAAAUGUCAAUCAGCAACAUAACACACCUCUAAACCAAAUUCAGCCGACAGGACAAGCAACAUCUCCCUCUCAAAUUUUAGAACAUCCAAAUCAACAAUCUAGCCAAAACAACCAUAACCCACAAAUCGAAACAUCACAACAGCAGCAGCAACAGAGUGCUUCUAACCCGCAGCAGUGUUAUCCGGAAUCAACGCAACCAGAUCUGAACUACUACACGCAGCGUCAUCAUGGACCGCAGCCUACGAUGUUACCUCCACCAGGUUUUGCUCCAUUGCAUCACUACUUGAACAAAUCCGGAGUGCUAUCUGCUAUGCCAGCGGGAAUGGAACAUGGCAACCAUUUGGAGCAAUACGCAAUGCCAGAUUUACUCCAUGGCAAUCAAGUUCAUCAUCCAGUCUCCAACGGAGCUCAUAAGCCCAAAGGAUCUGAUCUCCGCCUUUUCAAAUGUUUAACAUGUGGAAAGGACUUCAAACAAAAGAGUACCCUUCUACAGCACGAACGGAUUCACACCGAUUCUCGUCCGUACGGUUGUCCGGCUGUCGAGUGCGGUAAACGAUUUCGCCAGCAAUCACAUUUGACGCAACAUCUUCGGAUUCAUGCCAACGAAAAACCUUUCGUGUGUCCUUUUUGUCAGCGAGCUUUUCGACAGCGAGCCAUAUUGAAUCAGCACAUCCGAAUUCACUCAGGUGAUAAGCCGUUCGGCUGCCCGUAUCCGGAAUGUGGCAAAAAAUUUCGUCAAAAGGCCAUUUUGAAUCAGCACGUGCGCACCCACCAAGAUGUUUCUCCGCAUUUAAUUUUUAAAAAUGGCCCACAUGCUACAUUAUGGCCCCAGGAUGUCCCUUACCCACCAGAGCAAGAAGGUCAACCCAAAGACGAACAAACCUUUGGAGAUGAUGCUUCACAGGGUACACCCGAGUCUCGUGGCUGUUUCUCUCCUGAAACUAAUCUUCAAUAUCCAUCGUAUUUCAAAGACACAAAAGUUGUCAACCACUCUAUCUUCGGAAACAACCUACCCUACCUGAGCAAAGCACCAGGGACGAAAGCUAUGCUUCCGGAUGUAAUACAACACGGCCGAUCUGCAGGAAUGCCACUGUACGUACGAUGUCCGAUCUGCCAGAAAGAAUUCAAACAGAAAAGUACACUGCUUCAGCACGGUUGCAUUCAUAUCGAAUCGCGACCGUACCCAUGUCCAGAAUGCGGCAAACGUUUCCGACAACAGUCACAUCUCACUCAGCAUCUCCGGAUUCAUACAAAUGAGAAACCAUUCGGAUGUCCAUACUGUCCGCGAUUUUUCCGGCAGCGCACGAUACUAAAUCAGCAUAUUCGCAUACAUACCGGCGAGAAACCUUACAAAUGUGCCCAGUGCGGCAAGGAUUUCCGACAGAAGGCAAUUCUCGAUCAGCAUACCCGAACACACCAGGUAGGAGACAGACCAUUCUGCUGCCCCAUGCCAAACUGCCGAAGAAGGUUUGCGACUGAACAAGAGGUCAAGAAGCACAUCGAUAAUCACAUGAAUCCGCAUUCAUCAAAGUCGCGUAAAUUAGCUACCAUGUCUGCGUUAAAUAAUAAUAACAACAACAAUACCAAUAAUAAUAAUAAUAACAAUAAUAACAACAAUAAUAACGCAGCAUUAGAACAAAAAGUAUCACCAAAUUUUCUAGUGGACAAGCAAAACAACUUGAUCCAACGAAUGGGUCCAGUAAAACAUGAAUUGUAUUUUCCACAAUGCUAUGGUUCACCCUUUAACCAACCAUUUAUAGCAGGAGCUACUGUCGUAACCUCGAAUACACCAGCCAGCGGUGGGCCAACUGUUGCUCAGUCGUCCACAACCGCUGGAUCCAAUCCCAAUACACAGCAAAAUCAGACUGCAACGACCGUAACGGCGGCUCCGACAUCAAUAGCUGCUGUAAUCGCAGCGCCUCCCCAAACCAUUGCAGCUCAGUGACACCUGUUGGGCGGUCAUCCUCAUCCAGAAAUUCCGCAACCGCACUCGACGCCCAUUGGCCCACCGGCAUUAAUUGCAAUUCAUCAUUGAAAAGCUUGUAGUAUUCAUGCAUAUUCGUAGAUUUAGUGGAAGAACUUAUUGACAUUACAGUUUCCACCCUUUGUAAAACUCUACGUAAAGCGUGGCACGCAGUCAACAAAACUUGGAGAUACUUGAGGAAGUGUGCAAAUUUUUCACUUUUUAAAUAUAAGACUUAUAUUCUCCCAAUUUUGUGACGCGUUCAUAUUACGAAGCAUUUGUGAUACAAGCUUCAGAGUUGUAUAAAAAAACAUAGCGUCAUUGAGACUAGAUUACAUAAUAUUUAUUCUAAAAACUUUUCCUUUUUUUAACUUUUCAGAAUAAUAUUAUAUCAUUACUCAAAACCAUCGGUACGCUAAAUGGAUACUUCGCUGAAAAUUACAAUAUCAUAGUUUUCAGCAUACGCCAAUAAAUUUUCAUCGAGUAACUAUCAAGAAACGAAGCUGUCAAUUUUGUUACAGAUACCUAAAUAUGCUCGUUCGAAUAUGAAUUGAACCCAAAGACUGACGUUACGUUAAAAAAUGCGCAUUUCGGUGCUAUACGUUAACGACACAUGACUUUCAUUCAGACUGCUAUAGAAAAAAGUGAAAAAUUUGCACAUUAUCUAAAACAGAAUAUUUAAACCUUCAUAAAGCCAAUCAAUCACAUUCAAUCGUACGCAGUACAUUUCUGGAGUAUUGUUUGAACCAUAUUUUGUGUGCGUGUUUUGAAACAGAAAUAAAACAAUCUAAAAUCUCCAAAUUGCAUGCACUGUGUACAGGCUUAGCCGAGGUUCAAAUGUUUCAAUCUAGAAAAGUAGUUGUUACCAGUAAAGUAUAUGCCAAAUUGGAGAGAUAACAGAAUUUAAAAUUUUCUAAUAUAACCCAAAAGUCAAUAUGAAAGCAAAGUCUAGACAUUUUCCGGGCAACGGUAGACGUAUGAAGAUUAAUGUAUAAGAAACAAGAGUGCCUAGCUGUUGUACAUUAGGAAUUUUCCACCCGUUUCCUUUCUGGUGUAGAGCACGAUCGUAAAUUCCACUCAUAAGUCCACCAAACACAACAGAACUAGCUUACGCUAAAUACCUCUACAGAGCAAACGAAGAAAAACACAACUGUAAAUGAAAACAAAACUAACUAAACAUAGAGCAACCGAAGAACAAAACAUAGUUAUAUAACUUUCACAAUAACAAAACAGAUGGUGCUAUUUUUAUUAAAACUUUUUUAACAGUGGAAAACUUUAUUAAAUAAUUAACAGGAUAGUUAAAUGAUAAUUAUCAUGUUUAUGCUACCAACACUGAUGGCAUAAACAAUACAAUAGACAUAAAAAUGAACGAACAACCAGCCAGCAAUAGCAUAAUUAAGUUUAACAUACUCAUACACAUCAACCCACAAUAGUUAAAACAGCAAGAACGCUUGAACAAUGUACAAGACAAGCAUCAAUUGUUAUAUUUAUAUUGCUAGCUAACGAAACGAGUCAACAACAGAAACACAUACGCAAGAACAAACAAGAAGAUAAAGAAAAAUACCGAAACCGCAAUUAUAUAUUUACCCAAUACUUCCUUUUGUUAUUCUACAUAUACAAAACCAAGCAGGGUAAACAAUAGCUAAUGCAAAUAAUGGAUUUUGAUCAAACUUAAUUUAAAACAUGCUUGUUUUUCUGUUAACAAAGAUCAAUAUUUUAAAAUACCUCAAUCAAAUUGUUUUUCAACUCAUACUCGCAAGCAACAAAAACAACACUCUAAAACAGAUAUACGCACGUUGCUUCAACGACGAUAAUUCUCAAUAGGCAGCAGACUGGAGUAAUCAAAUAAACCAUAAACCAAUUAUUGAAACGUGAUAAUUACUGCCAUGGGAACCUAAGUGAAGUAAACGCGGCGUCAAGAACAAUUAAUGAUAAGCCAGUGUUACAGCAACACAUCCCCAGUUACAAAUACAUACUCCAUAGGACUCAGUGGCAUUUGCUUUCGCUGCAGACACAAUUUCGCGCACAAAAGCACGAUUGAAAUAGCUCAGAAUUAGUUGCAAAGGAAACGGAUGGUGAAUUGUAGUUUGUAAGGAAUUCGUCUUGCCAUAUAUAGAGAGAGAAAGAAUUAAAAGGUAUACGGAUCUCUGCAAAAACCGGAAGAUCUAAAAUAAUUUUUAUUGCCAGGCUGACAGAAAAUUUGGAAAGUUUUGCGAUUACAGCAAGAGGGCUUCAUAACUUUUUUUUUUAUUUAUUUUACAAGCGAAAAUAUUUUUUUGGAAUCACAGCAGUAGCCUGAACCCAAAAGUAGUAUUUUUUCGAAAUUGCUAGUUUUUGUCACUUUCGAUUUGGACGCAAGAUGUAUUUAAUUACCAGACCACAAUUUGAAAAUAAUUACAAUGAAGUAUCAGAUAAAUUACAAUUAUUGUAACUUACGUAAACGUUACUUAAAGUCUACGGUUCUUUACGAUAGUUGGAAGAGCAUUUUCAAGCAUAUCGGGUUAGAGACAAGCAUUCCACGGUUCACUGAAAAGCCCUACAUUAUUGAUUGAGCCUACAUUAUUGAUUUUGAUUGGAAACUCCUGAAAAGCAUCUUGUCCCACCUUCAAAAGAAUGAUGAUGUUCUUAAAAAUUUUAAUUUGAUGUCCUCAAAAAUAAUCCCUGUGCUCUGAGAUUCCAGAUAAAGCUUUGCUGUUAAAUCGCAAAUGUGUAUAAAGAAAGCUGAAAUAAUACUGUUCUAUGAAUUGAUGUCGAACAUCGUGCCACAAUGAACUCAUUAAUUUGAUAUGUUUGAAAACCCAAGCAGAUAGAGUUCGGUUUGUUGAUUUUCUCUUUUCUCCUUGACCGUCUUGAAACAUAUAAUAGACAACGGCCAUAAUUACCAAAAGUAAAUUACUGAAGAAAGAUUUAGGAAAAAUAACCAAAUUGAUCCAGAAAAAAGACUAAGACUCGUGAUAUCUGACAUUUAGGCCAAUUUUAACUAUAUAUCUAAAAUCUAAAUAUAACUAUUAUUUUAAUUAGUGUAUGUGUGAAUGCGAGAAACUAUUGGUAUGACGAAGAAUAGGACAAUCCUUUCUCGUGUGAGGGAUAGAACAUCUCCUCAAACAAAGUCGCCUGCCAGUUUGAAUGAAAUGAGUAAUUUAUGGAUACUUUUCGAAUUUUCUUUUUUUAUUUUAUUAAGUAUCUUCCCUUCAAACUUGCUAUAAAAAUUUAUCGUGAAUUCAAAAGAGAAAAACUAAAUCUGUGAUAAAAAUGCUCUAAAUUAAUGUUUUUAUUUUACGUCUCGGACACAGUUCUAAUUAAUUAGUUGGAAUUUUUGUUAGUGUUGAAUAAAAACAUUUCCAAACGUUAAAAUUAAAAUUACAGUUAACCCCAAACGUGUCGCGAGUCACACACGAGAAUUUUGGAGUAACCAAAACAUUUUAGGACAAGUUUAGAUAAGCCGUAUGCAAUUAUGUAUAUCAGGUCGAUUGCAUUUUUAACCAAUGUUGUUUUCCCACGCAUUUUUGUUUUUUUUUUUUGUGAAAAGGAGACCCACUACAGCGGCGCGUGCCAUAGGUUUGGUUAAUUGCAUUAUUUUAUUAGUUUCUGUAAGUUUCAAUCGUUUAAGUAUAUUAUGCGAAAGAAUAUGAUUUAUUUCAAACAGCAAGAAUAAUCUAACUUUAAGCAGCAUAUAAAAUCUCUUAUUCUAAGCAAUACAUUGGUAUACCACAUUGAUGAUGAUAUAUAAAACAUGCAUAAAAUAAAAUUAUUGUUCUCGAACGAAGCGCAAAUGUUCUGAUGGGUAAGAAAUUCUUUCAAACUAAAACUACUAACUGAAAGCAAUUGCAUGUUCUAAUAUACUAAUAAUUGGAGAUAUCGCAUAGUAUGAAACUCGAGCGACAACCGAACAAUAUAGAUCUUGAUUACGUUCAUCGAAAACAAUGUCUAGAAAUUUUUAUUUAUAAAGUAAAAGCGAUAAUGAAAACAAUUUUUCUAAUGUUCCUCGCUCGAAACUUUUCCAAAAUGUUCCUGACUGUUGUAGAUAAGGCUCUAAUAAGGUUUGUGGCCCUUGGUAAAAACCGAACGCACAAGAGAAAUUCUUUUUCUAAGCAAACUUCACUCGUGGCUUUCCCAAAUUGAAGAUCAUUCAAUCGCCACAUUUUUUUGAUUGUUUUUUUUUUUUUUCAACCUAACAACCUAUCAAUUACGUCUAAUCAUUAAUUCUAAUCAACUUCUUUCAAUCAGUUCCAUAAGACGGAUCUCAACCAACCACUUGGAAUAUUUUUUGUUUGCUAUCUUGCUAUAUUUUACAAUAGCCAUAUAUUUUAUAAAAUUUUUAAAACAUUUCGUAGAUACUGAAAAAUGAUUCUGAAAUUUACAUGCUGAACACAUCGUUUUCAGCCUGCCGCAAGCAUUUUCAGCGGUAUUGAUAUGACCAAGAGCUAACGUUCACUGGUCAUCUAUCAACACCCCGUAAUAAUAUUUUUCAAUAUUUAAUAUUGAACUGAUCAAUUGCUCAGGUGUCUUCCAAAAUCAUUCAUCUGUUCGCUUCAUGCUAUAUGUUAUUUGUAUUAUUGGAUGCAUAUGCAAUUGCUUUGGAACAGAAAUGGAGAAUGUGAAACCGUAAAUUUUCAAGCUGCAAUACAUUUUUUUUGCGCAUUAUAAACGUGAAAACAAAAUAGUACAAAUAGCCAGAACAUAAACAGAUUACAUGGCAUCUUCAUUUACGCAUACUAAUUUACUCAACAAACAAUAGACUGAAUCAUAGUUUUAUUGGAUAAAUUUGAUUUCAUGCAGAACGUGAUAAAAAUGUGCAUACUAUAUUGAAAGGUUAACCAAGUUGAACAAGACCAAACGAUCUAUAACGCAAAUAUUUUAACUACACUGAAAACCCGGUAAUUUCUGUAAAAUCAUAUCAAAUUACACACAAAAUAUAAUUCGCACACAACCAGAGCAAUAGUCAGUAGAUCGCAUAGCUAGAGCAAAACUUUAGUCAAAGAGAAAUUUAAACCGUAUUUUGAGCUAGUUACUUGCAAUCAACUACAAUAACGCCCGUUUUACGAAUGAACCUACCCUGUUUAUUGAAACUGUGAACAAACUUUAAAGGAAUGAGAAAUAUUACAAAAAUUUGUCGCUUGAACAUUUUUACCGUAUGAACAAAUUAACGAACUAACAUGUCAAUCAAAUGUCUACUUUCGAAAUAGCGCGAUACCACGGGUUAGCGGUUAAUCAUAACCCCUUUGUUUCUUACGAUUUUCUGCAUAUGCUAGCCGCUAUCCAAAAUCGCAUGUUGUAUUCUCAAUCAUUCUCUCAACCAGUCCUUAUAACGAAAAAUCGAUUGCGAUUCUGAAGUGCAAACAAAGCUCUCCGCUAAUUUUAAAUUGUAUCCUUGUCGAUGUUGGAUUUAAUAUUCAGAAUUCAAUUGUUCUGAUAAAAAUAAUAUUUGGUAUUAUUUGAAAGUACACCAAAUCAAAAUAUGUCUUGCGAUGCAUCAACCCAAAUUUUUGUGAAAAAUUCCUGGGUGCAAAAUAACGCAAGUAACAGCAUUUUUUGAAAACAACACUAUAAUGCUCAUAAGAAAACAGUACACUGACAAAAUUGCGCGGUUCUUGGUUUUAAAUACUUGUAGCCUCCACCACUCAUAAAUGUGAACACAUAUUAGUUUUAAGAAAAGUCAAACGACAGAAAAUUAGCAAAUCCCCAAUUUAUGAUAAUUUAUUAGGAAUCACAGUUAGCUCAAUAAAUGGGUAUUAACAACAUUACCGAAUUCCAAAACUCAAAAAAACGUGGUUUUUGGCAAUUAUGAAUCAAAUCCGACACAUACAGAUAUCAUCUAAACUGAAGUUAAACACAGAAAUUUGUGCUACGAAAACAUAAUCAAAGACAUUUAUAAAUUAAAACAGAACCAUCCCAUUAUAUAACACUUAGAAACUGGCUCAUUAAAAGUCUGGCAUUUUAAAACACGACCAGUUCGGAAUUCAAAACUUCUCAUGUUUUUAGUUAUGAUAUUGAAUCAAAUUAAUGAUCGAAUAAAAUUAUUGUAAAUAUUUAACGAAUA